AUGAGUGCAGCCUAUUCGAACUCGUCGCGUGCGCUUGCGUUUCUCUCCGAGACUUCAGAGGAUGCGAUUGCUGCGCUCAAGGGCCUCGUCGGCGGCGUCGGCUCAGCCAAGUACCUCGACACUUCUGAGGAUAAGCUGUCCACCAUCGCUACCCAGAUUGACUCGAGCAGGGACGAGGACCGCAUCGCAGCACUCACGAGGAUCGUCGCUAUGGUAUCUAAGGGUCGCGACGCCUCCUCCUUCCUCCCUGCCGUCUUGAAGCUCACCUCCUCCUCCAACCUCGAUGUACGCAAGCUCGUCUACAUUGUGCUCCUACGCUACGCCAAUACCAACCCGGACUUGACGCUCCUCAGCAUCAACAGCUUUCAACGAGACCUGUCCGAUCCAAGUCCGCUCAUCCGCGCUAUGGCGCUGCGUGUGCUCAGCAGCAUCAAGGUGGUCAUGGUAUCCCCCAUCGUCAUCAUGGCUGUCACAAAAGCUUCUCGCGAUCCUAACCUAUACGUCCGCAAGAUCGCCGCUCUGGCCAUCCCGAAAUGCUACCAGAUCGAUCGAUCGCAGCUCGCCACACUCCAAGAGGUGCUAGCAACCCUACUUUCGGAUCGCUCGCCAUUCGUCUUGGGCGCUGCCCUUUCCGCAUUCCAGCGCAUGUGUGCUACCAAUUGGUCGCUACUCCACCAGAACUAUCGAAGAAUCUGCCAUGCGCUUUCCGACAUGGACGAGUGGGGCCAAGUCGUUGCGCUUCAAGUCUUAUCGCGCUAUGCAAGAGCGAACCUCGUCCAACCCAAGUCACGGAUUGAGACUGCUCUUAGUCCUAAGGCUUCCGCUCUCAGCUCCCAGGCGCCAUCAGCUGCUAGGACGCCUGAAAUAGCACCAAAAUCCGAGCCUGACAGUGGAAAGAAAAGCGAUGUCGAUGGUCUCGAGGAAUUCCUUACAAGCGAUGCGGCCAGCCCGAUUGCUCCCGUCAAAGGUUCGACUUCGGAAACGGCAUCAACGCGCGUUGUCCCGACCUCUGGCCCGUCAUUGGACCUCGACCGCGACCUCGAGUUGCUGCUUAGCAAAUCGCAUGGGCUGCUGCACAGUCGGAACCCCGCCGUUGUGCUUGCUGGCGCACGAGCGAUCCUCUACCUUGCGCCUGCUUCCGAUCACGUCAUGCUCGUGAGGCCACUCGUGAGACUACUCCGAUCCACACCAGACGUCAGUUACUUGGUCUUGCUCAACAUCCUCGCCAUUGCACGCCAGAAUGGCUCGCUCUUCGCACCUUACGUCACAUCCUUCCUUCUGGGCGCAUCGCACGAGGAGCCCAUCUUCUUGUCGCUCCUGAAGCUCGAUACUUUGGUCGUCGUCUGCAAUCUGGGAAACCUAGACCUGGUGCUGACAGAGGUAGCAAGUCAUCUGCGAUCCGCUGAUGCAGGCAUCGCCGCGCACGCCGUCUCGUGCCUGGGCGAGCUGGCUCUCAGAAAGGACCUGGACGCUAGCUCCAGGUGCCUCGCCAUUCUGCUCGACCUGCUUCGCAAGCGCAAAACAGGACCUCGGAUUCAUGACUCGACCAUUGCGCGAGCGGUACUGGCGAUCAAGAACCUCUUGCAACUUGCUCAGGAAUCAGACGCUGCAGAAGGAACUGUCGAGCCCAGGAGGACUUCUGCCAUCGUGUAUCGUUUGGCAGCUUUGCUCUUCGGCACCGCCUCCAAGAGCGUAUCUUCUUCUUCUGCCGCUGGAGCAGAAAAGCAGAAACGUCGAACGAAAGCAAAAGUGGUCGGCAAAGGUGCCAUCCUUCACCCUGACGCAAGAGCAAGCAUCUUGUGGCUGCUCGGUCAACAUGCGCGCCAGUCCGUCUCGGUCUCCGACAAGAGCAUGUCUUCACUCCCGAAAGCCUCGACUCAAGAGACCAAGACGCUCGCCGAGCUCGUGGUGCCCGACAUCCUUCGGCAGUGUGCGCUCAACUUUGCCAACGAAUCGUCCAUCGUCAAGCUGCAAAUCCUCGCCACGUCGAGCAAAGUCUUUGCGUUUUUACCUACCGUGCUCAGUCCAACGCCAUCACUGGACGAGGGACAGCAGGGCAAGUCGGAGCGUCUCAUGUCAACCGUGACUGUGCUGCACUUUUAUCUGCUCAAGCUGGCUCGGUACGAUGCCGACUUUGACGUGCGCGAUCGCGCACGUUUCUUGAAGGGACUGACUGCACCGCUCACUGCGCAGAAGAAGUCGAAUAGCGUCGGCGGCGGCGACGGUGGGGAAGCCGAGGAUGCUUCGAAGACAGAAGAAGCGAUAACGCAAGUUGAUACCAUCCAAGCAGCCAUCGAGACCGCGGCACGCACCAUUGGAGAAAGCACAACCGAGGAUGGAGAUGCAGACCUAAAGGGUGUACGUCUGCGAAGGGAGCAGGUCAUCCACGUCUUAUUCGAGGGCAAGGGUGCGUCCCACACCACGACAACCAAUAGUAUAGACGCGUCAGGCCGAUCUUUCAACAAGACCGACGACGGAUCUCCGACCUCGCCCGCCAGCGGACCCGUCAACGGCCCGGAGAUUGCUUCGCUCUCCCUGGUGCUGGGAGGAAAGCUCAUCAAAGGCUGGCUAGAUACCACCCUUACCGAAUGGACCACACAGCCGACGCCUUCCACAAUGCGCGAACCACCUGCUGUUUCCCCUCCCACCCACCCCACGCUUCAAAACACCACGCUGGCCAAUCUGAAAUCCUUCUCGUCCUCCGACUUUGCCGCGUCACCCCACGGUGCUGCAUCUGCCUCACCGAUCGUACUGACACCGGGCAAAGGCAAUUCGACUCCCACCUCGCGCGGCAGCGCAACUCCAAUCGAGCUGGAGGCGAACACCACCUCGGCGCAGGCGCUUCAAAAGUACAAGGACCUGGAUUCGUUUUUGGAUGAGAGCGACGAUGACGAACAGGACAUGGCGGGUGGAGCCUAUCUCGACGAUCCGGCUCCUGAAGAUGAUGACUUUCGCGCCAACGACUGGGACGAAGAAGACGACGAGGAUGAGCUUGAGGAGGAGGAGGAGGAGGAGGACGAUGACGAGGAGGAAGAGACCAGUUCUGAGGAGGAUGCUAGUGAGUGA